AUGAAUGUACGAAUAUUUAGAAAAAUUCAAUUGGAUUUUAAAUGUAAUAGCAGCAUUUUUGUAAAACAUCCUCGUUCUAUUCAUUAUAUUUCCAAUGCUUCUCCCCUAAAUGUGUAUAAGAAUCAUUUUUUAAAUAGUAAAGUAUUAAUGGGAUAUUUUUCAAAUAAGAGGAACUUUUCAAAUACACAAAAUGCUGUUUUGCAUCAGCAACUCCAUCCAAAAGUAUUUCAAAGAUCGUUACUAUGUAACAAGGAUGUAGUACUAAUUUCAAAAAUUCCUAGCAAUUGUUAUCCUACUGCUGUAAAUAGUAUUAGACAAUAUUCAAAUUCAGGAUCCGCAGUUGUAAAUGAAGCUAUUAAAUACAAUGGUGGCAUUUUCCAAAUGAUAUCUGAAAGUAUAUGCGUAGAAUGGGUCACCAAAGCUUUUAGAUACAUGCAUUAUGAAACAGGUUUACCAUGGUGGGCAAGUAUCAUACUUACCACAAUUAUUACAAGAACAUUUAUAAAUCUACCAUUAAAUAUACUCGAUCUUCACAAUAGGGCAAAACAGGAAAACUUGAAAGAUGAAAUGAUGGAUAUUGCAGAGAAAGUAAGAAGGAAAGUGGAUAAGGAAGUAGUAUCGUCCCAAUUGAGUCCAGUACGUGCGAUUGCUUUAUAUACACGCGAGAUUUCUAAGGAACAAAAAAGAUUAUAUAUAAGAGACAAUUGUCAUCCAUUUAAAAGCGUUGCAAUGGUUUUAUUGCAAGCACCGAUAUGGAUAAGUUUCUCAGUUGCAGUAAGGAAUAUGUGUUACGUAUUGCCUCAAAUAAGUCCUGCCACCGUAAAGGAUUUCCAAGAAUUGACUACCGGUGGUUUCGGAUGGAUACAAAAUCUUGUAGACAUAGAUCACUUUUUUAUAUUGCCUAUACUUUUUGGAUUUUCUCACUUAGUUACAAUGGAAGUAAAUUACGUAUUAUUUAAAAUAAAGGAUUCAAGAUUUAACAGAAUAUACAAGAAUUUCUGUAGAGUACUCAUUGUUUGUUUCGUGCCUAUCAUGGCAUGCUUACCAUCGUGUUUAUCCUUGUUUUGGAUUACCAAUAAUUGCUAUGGACUGUUACAAAAUGUAGUACUCCUAUCUCCAAAAGUCCGUAAGCUACUCAGAAUACCUAAAACUGAUUCUGACCUUCGGCAUCCAUAUCAAGAAUUACAUAAACGGUUAUUAGUGUCUAUCUUUUAAUUAGUGAUUAUAACAUCAAUCCAUCCAACCAUUCGACUCAGUGCAAGUAAGUAAACGGAGGGGCGUACUCACAAUCUUCAGAUACUAUAAUUUUCUGGGCGUCGUCUGUGUCAUAAACUCGAGAAGUCGAAGCAAGUCCUAUAAUACGACAAUGCCCCAUGGUGAGUAAAUCCCCUCUUGAAUUCAACAAUUGAUUAUCGUUCUUCAACCAAUAGCCGAAGUCCCUUACAUUUAUCGCGUACUUAGCACAAGAAUAUUUUCUUUACUUCUACUAAUUUGAGUCACUGCAUUGGGCAUAUUGUGGAGACAAUGAUAUUCGACGAAAAAGUUCGUAUCUAAAUGACUUAUUUUUUUUCAUUUAUUCUUAUAAGAUAUAGUAUAUACAUAUAAAAUGCAUUUCACUAACGGAGAACGUAUUUUGUGGAAUGAACUAGCAGAUUCGAGAA